AUUUCUCUGUCGUCGAACACAUAUUCUCCUCCUAGUCUUGCUUGACUCGGAUCAUAUCCUUUAUUUCACAUAAUCUCUUACUUCACAUACAGACAAAAUGGUCGGACGCCUUGCAGGGAAGAAUGCUAUCGUGACUGGUGCGGCCGGUGGCAUCGGUCUCGAGACUACCAUCCUUAUGCUCCGCGAAGGCGCCUCCGUCCUCAUGACGGACGUCAGCGCUCCGGGGCUCGAAAGGGCUCUCGCCAAGGUCAACGAGGUCGUUCCUCAGCACGACGGCCGUAUCGAGACCCGCACCGUCGACGUUUCUAAGGAAAGCGAGGUGGAAGCCGCCGUCGCGCACCUCGACAGCUGGGGCGGUGUCGACGUCAUGUUCAACAACGCCGGCAUUAUGCACGCCCAGGACGGCGACGCCGAACAGACCCCCGAGAACAUCUGGGAUUUGACGAUGAACAUUAAUGUCAAGGGAGUGUGGUAUGGAUGCAAGCAUGCGGUCAAGAGUCUGCGCAAGCAUGGCAAGAAGAAGGGCAGUGUCAUCAACACUGCGAGUAUGGUGGCUUUAGUCGGUGCGGCAACGCCGCAAUUGGCAUAUACGGCGAGUAAAGGCGCGGUCUUGGCCAUGACGAGGGAGUUGGCGAUCGUGCAUGCUCGGGAGGGAUUUCGCUUCAACUCGCUGUGCCCUGCUCCUUUAAACACCCCCCUGUUGCAGGAUUGGCUCGGUGAUGAUAAGGAGAAGCGAUUCCGUCGCGAGGUGCACUUCCCCACCGGUCGCUUCGGCGAGGCCGUCGAACAGGCCCACGCAGUCAUCUUCCUGGCGAGCGACGAGAGCAGCUUUGUCAACGCGGCUGACUUCGUGGUUGACGGUGGCUUGACUAAGGCCUAUGUCACCCCUGAGGGUCCCGCCACCGAGGCUCCCAAGAACCAGGGCUUUUAAAGACCCAAGUCAAGCCCAG